GCCGCCCGAAUUUUUGCAAGCCGCCUCCACGUCUCGUCCAGCGCGCGGAUGUUCUUGCAGCCGCAACAUGUGAAGCUGCCAUUCGUGUCCUCUUCUCGGGCCUCAUUCCCGGCUGCCGCGGCUCGCGUGCGCGUCGGCCACGGAUCAGUCCUCAUAACUCACUUUCACCUGGUGGCAUCAUCACGCGCGCUCGAUCAUGUUUCGCGUGCUGGGACUUUGGGCUCGGGAUGGGGGAUGGUCCGGAGACAUGCAUCGUGGUGGAGAUCAGACCGACUUCGCGCCAUGCAAUUCAAAGGCGACAGCCGAGUGUCCGAAUACCAGGAGGAGGCGACACGAGCUGCGUUUCUAGAGAAGGCGAUGAAGGGGCGCCAGCCGGCGGAUCUCAUGCUUCGUUGCACUGUGUUUGAUGUUGAAGGCAAUGUCAAGACAAUCUCGGGCGAAUUCAAGCGGUCGGAUCUUUGUUCUGAACACAAAUUAAACCCACGGGACCUUCGGAAGAUUGAUUCUCGGGUACCGAACCUCGUCCCUACCAUCCUCGUCCGCAAGGAGGCCAUCCUCGUCAACGUGCUCCACAUUCGUGCCUUGGUCAAGGCGGACAGCGUGAUCCUAUUUGACACUUUUGGGUCUGCAGACUCCCGGCUGCACUCUGUAUUUUUGUACCACCUAGAACACAACCUCAAAACGAAGGGGUCAGGGUCACCUUACGAGUUCCGCGCUCUUGAAUCCAUCCUUCUCUCGGUUGUAAGUGCUCUAGAAGCGGAGAUGGUCUUCAUUCGCAAUCUCGUUGGGGGCCUGUUAGCCGAGUUGGAAGACAACAUCGAUCACGAUCGGUUCAAACGAUUGCUUCAUUAUUCGAGAAGGCUGGCGAGCUUCCAAAACCGCGUGAAACUGGUUGGCGAAGCGCUUGAGGACUUGUUGACCCAAGACGACGAUCUGGUUUCUAUGUAUCUCACCGACAAAAAGAAUGACGUAGCCAGACAACUCAAUGAUCACGACGAUAUUGAAGUUCUGCUCGAGUCUUUCUCGAAACAGGUCGAAGAAAUCGUCAACGAAGCGGGGAACAUCGAGACCAACGUCCAAUCGACGCAAGAGAUUGUCGAACUCAUCCUAGAUUCGAAUCGCAACGCUCUUUUGGCUCUGGAUCUCCAGGUUUCAAUCAUCACGAUGGGCCUUGGGUCAGGUGCUCUCGUCGCUGGGCUUGUUGGAAUGAACAUGACAAAUCAUUUUGAAGCCCAUCCUUGGGCCUUCUAUGGCAUGAGUAGUUUCGCCACAGUAUUGGCGGUAGCCGUGGCUUCCUCUGGACUUCGCAGAUUGGCGAAAAUUCGCAGAGUCGGACUUUCCAAUCCUGAAGCCUACAAUGCACGAUCUGGGAAGCGCAAGCCAUGGCUGCCGCUCCCGUUGCGUCAGCGUUCGCAUGAUGGGUGGUCGUGAGGCACCCAGAUUUUUCUCCGCUCACUCUCCGAUGGGCUGGAAACCACAGCAUAUACUUCCUGUAAUGUAUAGAAUUGUAGCAAUUAUUCCAUUAAUCAUCUUUCAUCUUCUGUGAGUUGAUGCGAGGUGGUUUCCAUACUCUCGCUAGGACAAGCUGCGUGCUUCCCAAUCUCAGUUCACAAACGCGCGGGAACGAGGUGAGCCGCAUGUUCGCAUGGUUGACUCGAUAGCAGACUGCUCAUCGGCAAUCCAUCCAUCCUGCGAUCAUCGAUCGCUCCUGUGUUCCAGGGACCAGUCGCCGUUAAGCUUUUGGCUGCUCAGCCCGCGUCGGCGGCGGCGAAAGACUGCGAUUCUCUCGAUUUGGACGCGGGGGGAAGGUUUCCAGCGGGCGGGUAAACCUUCGGUUCUUGUAUGUGCGGGCGGAGUGGGUGUCAAACCAUGUGCUCGGUCGCAGAGAGGCAGCAUGCAUGGGGGGCGGCAGCAGGGAUGCCGAGUUCCCCAUGACGGGAAUCAUGGACCCGCUCCCAUCUGGCAAUGCAAGAAAGGGAAUUCGACGGAACAGGCAAAAAUGGGAAGAAGAUCACAUUAUUAGCGUGUGUGCUCAGCCGAAAUAGCGUCCAACCCAAUGCUAUGAUCGGUCUCGACUGGUGGCCAUCCUGAUGUUUUCAAGCCUGCGUCCCACCGUCCGCCGGCGAAGCUGCUGAGUAACUUGACAUCGCCUUUUAUCUCGUCUUCUUUUGCCCGUUCACAAGUCAUCGAAUAUUCAUACAGCCCAAGCGAUGAGAGGUCGAAAACGGGUCUGCAAUGGGUGGUUUUGGGUCGCAAAGACGGACAGAGAAGGGGGAAACCAAACAACGUGUAUUCACAAGAGACACGAGGGACAAUCCCAUGCUCUUGUCGGUCUCGACCCGCUGCUCCUUUGAGCCCGGGUGGCAUCGUCAGCUGACGGAUCUGUCACAAAUCAAAUAUCACGUCGCUGCCCACCCUGGGAUGCUGAGAAGGCGAUAUGAGAAUUAGAAGAGACGGGCAAGUCAAGCCUGCGCACGCGCAUGCGAUUUUCGGAGUGGAAAUCCGAGGAGGAACGUUUCAAGAACCCGAGAAUCCUGUUGUUGCGGCGUGAAUGAUAUCCCCACGGAAUAAUUAGGCCAUGCAAGAGUGAAGUGACCACGAAAGUGUACGGAUGAGUCCUGUCUGCGGCCCUGCAUUAUUGACGGCGAAAAGCGGGGAGAUGUGAUGCCUGAAGUCUAAGCGACAGGCCAAGAUAUCGGGCCCACCUAGGGGACCUGAUAGUUUGAGGUCCGGCGGCUGAUACCCUUUCAUGGCACGCGGCGCGAAGGGCGGAG